AGCGUGUGUUAAGGAAGGAAAGGAAAACAAACGGGGUGCGAGUUGGUGUUCAAAAAGCAGGUGCCACGGAUUGUGGGUCGUGCUGCUGGUGUCGCGCACGGUGACACCUUAAUACAGGCCUCCAGUCACAGACAUGGAUGCAGUCCGCUGAGUAUCGAGGAUGCUGUUACCAGGACGCGCACCCCCCCGGGGUCCCAGUAUGAUCUAUGCCAGGCUCUGAGGAAGGCGUGUGUGCAGCGCGAUGCUGUGAUUGCUCGAGCGCUGCUACCUACAUGCAAAUCUGGGUUCAGUAACAGAAAAUCAGAAAAGUGAGGUGACUGAGGGUCAGCCUGCAGAAGUUCUUGGUGGUGUGGGAGACACAGGCAUGGAAGAUAAGCCAUCCACAGCACGCAGGGUCCCCAUCAUUGAAUGGGAACACCUUGACAAGAGACGCUUUUAUGUGUUGGGAGUGUGCAUGACAAUGCUAAUUAGAGUCAGUGUCUACCCAUUUACGUUAAUCCGAACAAGACUACAGGUACAGCGAGGAACUGCUCUUUAUGGUGGGACGUUUGAUGCAUUUGUUAAGAUUCUACGUCAGGAAGGACCAGCUGGACUCUACAGAGGUUUUAUGGUUAACAGUUUUACUCUUGUGUCUGGCCAGUGUUAUGUCACAACAUAUGAGCUUACCAGGAACUAUGUUUCUCGCUACACUGGAAACAACUCUAUUAAAUCGCUAGUGGCAGGAGGUAGUGCAUCCUUGGUAGCUCAGAGCAUUACCGUGCCCUUCGAUAUUGUUUCCCAGCACCUAAUGAUGCAAGGCCAGAGGGGAGGAUGCAUUGGUCGCUUUAGAGUGAAGUUAUCAGAGGAAGCUGGAAGUCAGAAGUUUCAUCUGGGGCAGACACGUGACAUUGUUGUGCAGAUUUUCCGUGCUGAUGGAUUUCGUGGAUUCUACCGGGGGUACUUGGCUUCCCUGCUUACUUAUAUCCCCAAUAGUGCUAUCUGGUGGCCGUUCUACCAUUUCUAUACAGAGCAUCUUUCUCGUUUGGCCCCUCCUGACUGCCCACAUCUUCUGCUUCAGGCUGUCUCUGGACCCUUGGCUGCGGCUACUGCAUCUACACUGACCAACCCAAUGGAUGUGGUUCGAGCUCGUGUGCAGGUAGAAGGAAAAAGCUCAAUUUUACGGACAUUAAAGCAACUCCUGUGUGAAGAAGGAGCAUGGGGUCUGACUAAGGGAUUAUCUGCACGAAUCAUUUCGGUCAUUCCUACCAACAUGGCUGUGGUUGUUGGAUACGAGACUUUGAAAAAACUGAGCCUACGGCCUGAGCUUCUUGACACCCGGCAUUGGUAGCCAAGUACAUUGCUUGCUAUUAAAAUAAUUGGUAAUUUGGACCUAUCUAUCUGUCAGUGUUGUAAAUGAUACAGUUGGACAAGUAGCCAGGCCUACAGUAGAGUACUCUUGAUUUGUCAGUGCUGUGAGUGUCUCUAGUCAACCUAGAACAGCAGUAAAUAAUACUGUUUAUACAAUUUCCUAUCAGAUAUUCAAUAUAAUGUUAAUGGAUAAAGAUGGUUUAUUUUGCCAGUUUUUUUCCUUGCUAAGACAGUAUGCAAAGAUAAAAUAGCUGUGAAAUACUGCCAUUGUACAGGUGCUACAGUAUGUUUUUUCCGAAGUCCAUUGCAUUUUCCUAAUAUUUAUGAGAAAGGAUGGGGUGGGAUUAAUAUCCUCAUUUUUCUCUCUUCUCCUUUGUGGAUGCAAGAGCCCUUGCUCCUCACAACCCAUUCUUUUUGUUAAAAUAGUUGGCAUUUGAUGAUGAGAAUUGAAGGUUUUUGAGGCAUUGAUGACCAUCUUGCUGCUCUUUCUUUUCUCACCUUGGACAAGUGUAAAUGGGUCAUUUGCACAUCUUUCUCCCAUUCAAUAGGAUUUUUACCUUAAGUGUUUUUGCAUGCACGUAUUGUCUUCUUUUUACUGACACCUCAUCAAGAGGUUAUCCUGCCUCCAAACAUGAUCAUUCUCUAUGUUUUUGGAUUUAAUUAUGUAUUGUAAAGAGGCCCUGUGAAGUCAUUAUUUGUUCCUGAUCUGAAUGAUGAGAACUUUUUUCCAUGUUUCCAUGGACAGUAGGAAGGAUGGAGCUAUUUGCUACAUUCAACAGAGAACAAGGCUCAUUUUGAUAGGGAUACAAACUAUUUCACUAUUCUGAGUAAGAAACCAUUGUUACUCUUGGAGUUUAUUAAUAACAUCAGCAAUUGGUGCUGAAAAUGUGAAUAUGUGUUGAACGUAACCUGCUUUUAUUUGUGUGUAACAUUUUAGGUGAAGAUAUCAAGGACAGAUGCCACAUUGAACUUGUCUUAAAGUCAGAGAACCAGAGUUUCUUGUAAAUAUUUAACUCUUCACGAAGGACCUUAGUUCAAAUUUCAAAUCAACAUCUUGGGUUUUAUUAGCAAGAAGAGAGAAGUAUCUUUGCUGUACAGAUCGUUUAACUACCUUGUUUUUAUUUUAUUUUGUGCUCUUUUACCUGUUAGUCAGCCCAUCUUAGCCAGAUAAUUUGGCUGCUCUCAAUACUGAAAACAUUUUCUUCAUACUUGAGUAUGCCACUGUUUCCCUGCAUGUUGUCAUCUUUUCUUAUUUUUAGACAAACAGAUUAAAAUAUGUUUUGUUUUUUCUUAUUACAUUGCCUUUAUGGUGUUAUUUUUUACAUGAAAAGAAAACCGUUUCAUGUAAAUUGUUGUAUGCUUUGUUUCUUGCCUGUCUUGAAAUUUAGUACUGUGCUUGAAUCAUAAUUUAUUUUAUUAUGACUUUUAUACAUUUGCAUUUCAGUUACAUUUUUGUAAGCAAAGUCUUUUUCUUAGAAAACCCAUUUUGACAGAUGCAAACAUUUUUACAAAUUCAACAAUUCUUUGGUCCAAAUCACCUUUAUAUGCCUGUCCUUUCUCUUCUUUCUAGUGAAUAUUAAUUUAUGAUUUCAUUGCAUGCUGUUUGUCUUGUAACAGAAAGCAGACUCAUGCAAAGUGCUGUAAGCCAGACUAUGUCCUGGAAACUAGGACACCAUAUUUUUCUUUGUGUUUGUAGAUGUUGCCCUUUGGUGUAAGUGUCAGAGGGAGAAAUGGGAAAGCAGCAGACUUGUUUUGUGUUGAAAUGCUUAACCGUUGUAUUGUGCUUACAGCAAAAUGUACUUUACAAUGUAUUGGUCAUUACUGAGCCUAUUGGACCACCAGCAGAUAGUUUUUAUGUAUGUACAUUUGUCUUUGCCAUCUCCUAUAUUAUAAGGUUAUGGUUAUUUGAAUGUCACCUUUUAUUCACCCAUGAAACCAGUAAUACUGUAUUAUUACAUUCAACAGAGUUAAAGCCAUGGUAAGUCUUUUUAAAAACUGCAGCCGUUGGACUUCUGCAUAUUUUCAACUCACAGUACAAAGACUAGGGUGCUCCUUUUUUAAACUUUGUUUUGUGGAUGGUUGAUUCAGUCAGUUCAAAAUUGUGUGUUGUCCAGCUCUUAACUGGCACUCUUCAUAUUUUUUCAACUUGUUACUUUUAAAAAUGUUAGUGUUGUAAAUCUAAAAUAAAAUUGUUUUAAUUAUGAUGCUUCA